AUGUCACUUGUGGAUAGAGAAGACUCUUCCAAUCUACCUAGAAGCAUCCUCGAUCGCUCGACCAAUGCCAAAUUAAGAAUUGAGAAUAACUACAGAACCAUCUUACAACAAGCCAUUGAAAGAAACGAAAGAAUUUCUUUAUUAGAAGAAAGAUUGCAAAAAGAGCAUUGCAGCGAGGAAAAGAAGACUAGGCAGCUACUAUCUUUGGGCAAAAAAGAAUCGCAGUACUUGCGGCUACGUAGAACGAGAUUAGGCAUACAGGAUUUUCAGACUGUAAAAGUGAUUGGUAAAGGCGCAUUUGGUCUGGUCCGCUUGGUUCAGGCUUGUGACACAGGAAAGAUAUAUGCAAUGAAGACUCUGAAAAAGUCUGAAAUGUUGAAAAAAGAUCAAUUGGCACAUAUCAAAGCAGAAAGGGACAUUUUGGCAGAAGCAGAUUCACCUUGGAUUGUUCAGCUUUACUUUUCUUUUCAAGAUCCUACGUAUCUUUAUUUGAUCAUGGAAUUCCUACCCGGAGGCGACUUGAUGACCAUGUUGAUCAAAUAUGAUACUUUCAGUGAACCUGUUACUCGAUUUUACAUUGGCGAGAUCGUGUUGGCAUUGGAAUUUAUUCACAACCUCGGAUUCAUUCAUCGAGAUAUUAAGCCAGACAACAUAUUGAUUGACAAAGAUGGACAUGUCAAAUUGUCAGAUUUUGGCUUAUCCACCGGUUUCCACAAGACGCAUGAUUCUGAAUAUUAUCAGCGGUUAAUGGACGGACUGGAUCAAAAGAACCGAGCUAGUAUGAUCAACUUGAACCGUAUCACUAGAGAAGAGAAGAUAGCCACAUGGAAACGAAACAGACGCACAUUAGCAUACUCUACUGUCGGGACACCCGACUACAUUGCGCCUGAGAUAUUCAUGCAAACAGGUUAUGGAAAGGGGUGUGAUUUCUGGUCUUUGGGUGCCAUCAUGUUUGAAUGUGUUUGCGGGUUUCCUCCAUUUUGCUCUGAUCUGCCACAUGACACUUACCGCAAAAUCAUGGACUGGCCUGACUAUUUAGAGUUUCCUGAUGAUCGUCCUAUGAGUGCAGAAGCAGAGGAUCUAAUUAGAAGACUGAUUUGUGAUGCAGAUUCAAGACUAGGUACAGGCAAGCAUGGAAUACAAGAGAUUAAAUCGCACCCAUUCUUUUAUGGAUUUGAUUGGAGCUCAGUGAGGGAUACCAUGUCGCCACAUAUUCCCCAGCUGAAGAGUAUCACAGACACAAGCUACUUUCCAGUGGAAGGAGAGCUUGGUUCAUUAUCAGAGAUCCACCAACAUUCCUACUCUGAAGAGCAACAUGGUCGCAAUAGCAUGGAUGCAGAUGAUGAGUUUGAUCAGCAACAAAAGGAUCUUGCAUUUGUGGGAUACACCUAUAAGAGAUUUGAUUACCUGACUAGAAAGAAUGCACUUUAA